CUUCCAUCUAAACCGGAUUACCCUCUCCAGCGCGCAAACCCUAGGAGGCUGGGGUGAACACCUCCUUCCACUAACAAUGGGUGCUUACAAGUACGUGUCGGAGCUAUGGAGGAAGAAGCAGUCGGAUGUGAUGCGUUUCUUGCAGAGGAUUCGAUGCUGGGAGUAUCGUCAGCUCCCUUCCAUCGUCCGCGUCACGCGCCCCACCCGCCCCGACAAAGCCCGGCGCCUUGGCUACAAGGCCAAGCAGGGGUAUGUAAUCUAUCGUGUUCGUGUUAGACGAGGAGGCCGAAAGAGGCCAGUUCCCAAGGGCAUUAUUUAUGGGAAGCCUAAGAAUCAGGGUAUUACUCAACUCAAGUUCCAAAGAAACAAGAGGUCUGUAGCUGAGGAGAGGGCAGGACGGAAGUUGGGAGGUCUGAGGGUGCUGAACUCAUACUGGGUCAAUGAGGAUUCGACCUACAAGUAUUAUGAGGUCAUCCUUGUUGAUGCUGCUCACAGUGCAAUUCGCAAUGACCCCAGGAUCAACUGGAUCUGCAAGGGAGUCCACAAGCACCGUGAGCUUCGUGGUCUUACUUCGGCUGGCAAGAAGUACAGAGGUCUCCGAGGGAAAGGUCAUCUGCAUCACAAGGCCAGACCAUCUCGCAGAGCAACUUGGAAGAGGAACCAGACUCUUUCUCUCCGCCGCUACCGCUAAUAUUGUGCUUUCUGAAAUGUUCAGACAGUGGCUUUUUUUGAUGGAUGCGAAGGUGGUUCAUGUCAGUGUCAUUUCUGUGGUUCGAAACCUCUUCAUUCUGAGGUCUUAGAGAGAUUGAUCUUGGUGUUUUAUAAAAUGUUGCCCGUUCUUGCCCUUUGUCAGGAAGUUUCACAACCUUCAAAUUUCGUUUUACAUCAUGCAUACACUAUAAUUAUGGAUGCUGUUCUAUGUAGAUUUUAAAUUGGUUUAUUUAAAACUGGAGUCAUAUGUGGUUGGGUGAGGUGUGUGACACUAUUUAACAAAUUCUCCUUGAUGGAAUAGAUCUUUCUAAUGCUA